UGUUGAAGAUGAGGAUGGCUUUGAUCAUGGUGGGGCGGCGGCCGCCGGGCUCGCCGGGCUCGCUGCGCCCCUGCUGCCCCUGCUCCUCCUCCUCCUGCCCGCCCGUCACGCCCCGCUCUCGGGGCGGCGGCAGCCGGUCGCGCUGCACGACGUCGCCGGCCUCCGUUAGCAGCGGAGCGUCGCCACGCCGCGAAACGCCACGCCACGCCACACAACGCCGCGCCGCGUCACCUGACAGGAAGGCGGCGGCCCGCAAGGGACAAAACACCUUGCGCGGCCACAACCCCCGCCGUGUGGCGUCACUUCCGGUGCCCAGCAUGGCGGAAGCGGAGGAACAGCCGGGGCCUGCCUCGCCUCAGAGCGAGGACCGGGGCGAAGCCGUGGACGGCGGGGCUGCGGCGGGAGGCGCUGACGCGGCCCCCCCUCCGGCCGGCUCGCCGGGCUCCGAGGAGACCGCUGGCGACAUGAAAAAGAAAAUUGACAUCCUGCUGAAAGCUGUGGGCGACACCCCUAUCAUGAAGACCAAGAAGUGGGCUGUGGAGCGGACCCGCACCAUCCAGAGCCUCGUCGACUUCAUCAAGAAGUUCCUCAAGCUAAUGGCCUCCGAGCAGCUGUUCAUAUAUGUAAACCAGUCUUUUGCUCCAUGUCCAGACCAAGAAGUUGGGACCCUCUAUGAGUGUUUUGGAAGUGAUGGCAAGCUUGUACUGCAUUACUGCAAAACUCAGGCGUGGGGAUGAAUGACAAACAAUACAGUUGUUUAGGUGUUGUCUUCAAAAAUGGAAAAGGGAGAAACUUUCUUAAACUUGGCCUGUAAACACACAGAAAGAAAGAUUUUAUUUUUUUUUUCUCCAUUUCUGCGUAAAUAUAUAAAAAUGAUACAGAUGAAUAGUGUAAAAGAAGAGCUAUGUGGGUUAUCUAAUCAUGGAACUUUUUUCCGAUGUACAUCUAAGGUACAGAAAAAAGUUGUAUUUGCCAUCUGUAAGGUAGAGCCAGCUCUCUUGCUGUUGAAUUCUCAGUUGCUGUAUCUGAAGGGAAGCUAUUUCAUAGUUGUCUGGAGGACUGACAAGACAGCUCUGUCACUCUAUAUGCUGUACUGUAUAUAAAAGUUCCUUUUUAUUAAAAGGAAUGUUUAUUGUAUAUGUAGCCUGGAAUUCAGUUUACUUCUGGCAUGUUGUACAUCCAUUAUGUGGAUUCUGUUCUUUGUGAAGUCUUCAUCUUGAAUGUGAAUUAUCUCAUUUUUUUUCUCAUAAUUAGUAUGUAGGUGUUUGUGUAUGAUCACUUCACGCUGUGCCUUCAUCAUGUCAGUACUGUAAGUACCUUGUUUAUAUGGUACAACAUAAUGAUAGACCUCAGAAAUACUUUUCCUCCUGCCCAAAUUGUGUAGUGAUUUGUUGAAGGCUGAAAAUUUCAGCAGUUGCCAAGGUGUUUCUUCUGGCACUGUUUAAUGACUAGCAUCUUUAGCUGAAUGCUGCAGCUAGCUGUUGCUUCAGUUAAUGAAGAAAUAGGUAUGAGGUGCUAAAAACCUACUGUCUAUAUAGUCUCCUUUUGGCUGCUGUUAUUCUCGUGUUUCAUCAGCUGCAUGUUCCUUCAACAAAAUAGAAUGCACUUUACAAGAUUUUGCUAAAUCCUUUAUUUAUUGGAGGGUUUGGUGUGCAGGGUGGGGUUUUUUUGUGUGUGGAUUUAUUUUAUGUAUGUUGUACAAUCUUUUAUGUUUAAACUGAACUAAACUAAAUGUUAGCUCUUCACUUGCAGAGUGUUCUUAUGUUGGAGGACAGUUUUGGUCCGUGACACAAUCCACUUCUUCAGCACAUACAGGGAAGAUGGCCUGUUCUAGUUUGAAGUGUGCUUGUACAAUAGUUUUGAGCCGUUCAUUGCUGUUUCAUGUGUAAGUGGCUCUUAUGUGGUCACUGCAACCUGUGUAUGAGAUUGUUUCCAUCCUUAGGGGACUUCUGGUGAACUAAUACUCAGCUUACUGAUGUUGCUGCAGCUUGCAUGCAUCCUGCAUAUAUGGCACAGCAACACAAGCACGUGCCCUGAAUGCUUGCUACGUGAAUAGCUUGAUAUAUUUUACCACUUCUUAAGUGGAAAACCUGGAUUCAUUGGAUUAAGCUAAUAAGGCAGAAUUUGUCAUAAACUUGAAUCUUGAAUCAAAUAAUGUAUAAUCUUACCUGCUUCGAACCCUGAUCUCAUCAAUCUUUGUUGAAGAGAACUGUUGUAGAGGUAAGCACUCUGAUUCUGUCCUCUUGAGGAAAUUCCUUUCUCAGCUGCUGUGAGGCCAACGUAACCUUGCACAGCCACUAGAGGGUACACAGGGACAAAGGUAUUUGCCUAUUUUUUCCUAGAUGUUUUUUUCCCAAUCAUUUUUGUAAUAUGUCCACUUACCAGCCUUACAAAUAUAAGUAGUUUGUUCUCCUGU